ACAGCAGUGUGAGUGAGAUCGCGAAUCAAGUCAAAACAAAACAAAACAAACCACCAAACCCGAAUCAAAACAAAGCGGACCGUGUGUCAAGGAAAGUGUGCAGCAUCAGAAAGAACAAUGGCAGAUACAGUGGCGGAAGUUCCAGUAGCUGCAGCUCCGGCUGCCGUGGCCAAGACUCCUAAGAAAGCCAAGGCCGGCGCAGGACCGAAGAAGCCGAAGAAGCCAGCAACGCACCCUCCGGUGAACACGAUGAUUCUGGCCGCCAUCAAGGCGUUGAAGGAGCGCAACGGCUCGUCGCUGCAGGCCAUCAAGAAGUAUCUGGCGGCCAACUACAAGGUGGACGUGGCCAAGCUGGGACCGUUCAUCAAGAAGGCGCUGAAGACGGGCGUGACCAGUGGCAAGCUGGUGCAGACCAAGGGUGUCGGAGCGUCGGGCUCGUUCAAGCUGUCGGCCGAGGCCAAGAAGCCUGUCGUGGAGAAGAAGAAGAAGGCUACGGUACAGAAGAAGAAGCCGGCCGCAGCAGGAGAGAAGAAGAAGAAGGCAGUGACCAAGAAGGCUGCUGGUGAAAAGAAGAAGAAGCCGGUGGCGAAGAAGGCGGAAGGCGCCAAGAAGCCGAAGGCGGCGACAGCUGUGGCCAAGAAACCGAAAACAGCGGCAGUGGCGGCCAAGGCUGGUACAGCGAAGAAAGCUACCAAGAAGCCAGCUGCAGCACCGAAACAGAAGGCCACCAAGCCAUCGAAGAAGACGGGAGCACCGAAGCCAAAGACGCCCAAACCGAAGAAGGCUGCUGCUCCGGCGAAGAAGAAGCCUGCGGCCGCGAAGAAGGCUGCAGCUGCAAAGAAGUAAACAUCACUCAGAGAGGCUCUCAUAUCAUUUUUGUGCCCAACAACAGUCCUUUUCAGGACUACAACAUGUAUUACGGAAAGGAUAAGUUUUGUCGUUAUUGUUCAACUGGGCUAGACGUAGUUCACCAGCAGUGGACGAUUUUUAAGAUUCCUUGAUCUCGACUCCAAUGAAGUUACAAAGAUUGUUUUAAUAUUAUUGAUAGGGGAAACGUGUCGCAGUCGAACGUUAAAAUGUAUAUAGAAAAUAAUGUUAAGAUCAUCAGCGCCAAACCGAUUGUCAUAUGUAAUAAAAAAAAGUGGACGUAUCAAACCGAA